UACUUCAACGGCAACUGUGGUCGCCUAACAGCACCAAGCCCAAUUGUAGGGGUUUGGAGAUUCGCUCGGUUUCAGAAAUGAUACGUACGUCCCAUCUAACAAGGAGGUCAACAUGCAGCGUCCUACGACUUCUGUGUUCCUCCUACUUGCCAAAAGCAUCAUUUUCUGCAUCCAGUGGCCGAUGCAUGGAGCAGAGUGCCGUGAGAGAUCAACAGAAAGAUUUCAAAUGGCUGUGGCCGGUGUAUAAAGAGAUGGAGUUCUACAUAGCAGGUCAUAACGCAGGCAGCAAGCAGACAGGUUGUAUAUGCAGGUACAACACGAAGAAACCAUUAACAGCGGAACAUAUGGCGGUUGCAUUGAAGCAUUUUCAGAGAAAACUGCCGAACUACCGGAUCUUCACAAAGGAACGCGAUGGGGAGCGUUGGGCGUGUGAAGCUCUAGAUCCAGAAGUCGACUUCAAGGUCUUGGAAGGAGCUGACGUACGUGAAAUGAUGACUGAGAUGAUGACCGUCCCCCUCGGAAGUGACCGACCUCCGUUGUGGAAAGCUCGCCUUAUACCUGUUCCUGAAGAUGCACGCUGUUGUCAUCCAGAGGCGAAGGCCGCCUUCCCUCACCAAUACGAUUUCGUUUUUCUGCCACAUCAUGCGAUUAGCGAUGGUAAUACCAUGGCAACCACCUUAAGGAAUCUCACAGCACUACUUGAUGAUGUGUUAGCUGGGAGAACCAUAGAGGAUGACGAACUUUUGGGAUUUUAGCGGACUAUAAAGAAGUUUCAGAAUUAGAUGCGGAGAUUGUGAAAGAGCUGGAGAACAACCCCGAAAGACUCGAUGCGCUUAAGAAGGAGACUCUGGCUUGUGACACAGCGCCUAUCAUCCUAAAGGCUUUUCCCCCACCAGGAG